GGGUCGCCAGGGCCGGACUUUGAUCCCGGGGUUGGCCUCAGAGACUUCGGAGCCGCGGCAGAAGCCGAAGACAGGGGCGGAGGCCAGGGCGGUUCGAGCCCGCCGCUUCCUGCUCUGUCUCUAUUUGGUGGGCUUCUUGGAUUUGUUUGGUGUCAGCAUGGUUGUGCCUUUAAUGAACCUUCAUGUCAGGUCUCUUGGAGCAAGUCCCAUUGUUGCUGGAAUAGUAGGCUCCUCUUACGGCAUUUUGCAACUGUUUUCCAGCACAUUUGUGGGCUGCUGGAGCGAUGUGGUCGGAAAACGGACCUCCUUACUGGUGUGCAUCCUGCUCAGUGCCCUGGGUUACCUCCUCCUUGGAGUAUCCACCAAUGUGUUCCUGUUUGUACUAGCUAGAGUCCCUGUGGGUAUUUUUAAACACACCCUCUCCAUCUCUAGGGCUCUUCUUUCUGACCUGGUAACAGAGAAGGAGCGGCCUCUUGUGCUGGGACAGUUCAAUACAGCCUCCAGCAUUGGCUUCAUCUUGGGACCCAUGGUUGGCGGUUAUCUCACUGAAUUAGAAGGUGGAUUCUAUCUUACAGCCUUAAUCUGUUUUUCAGUCUUCCUUCUCAAUGCAGGUCUCGUUUGGCUAUUACCUUGGAGUGAAGCGAAACUCAGCAGUACAAAGAAUAGCCCGAGGUGGGGUCAGAACCAUGCACCCUUGGGGAAGACAGACUACACCCUGCAGGGAGCAGCCACCACCCCUGUAGCCACCAAGAAUGAAAAGAUGGCUCAGCGGCCCUGGCUGGAAGUCCCAUCGGCCUUGCAGGACAUGAAGAGCCUUCUGUUUUCUGAAAUGAGGCACAUAUUUCUCGUGCGCUUGCUGAUGGGUGUGGCCGUCAUGCUGUACUAUAGUAACUUCGUCUUGGCCCUGGAGGAGCGCUUUGGGGUGCGGCCUAAGGCCUCAGGGUACCUCAUCAGUUACAGCAGCGCCCUGGGGACCCUGGCUGGCUUUGCCCUGGGGCCAAUCCUGCGGCUGUACAAGCACAACUCGCAGAUAGUCUUGCUGCAUUCCAGCACCCUCACCUGCACUCUGCUGCUGCUCUACUCCACAGCCUGCAGCAUGGUUGUGGUGGUCUUCUGCUCCACGCUCCUAUCCUUCUCCACCAGUAUUGGCAGGACCUGUGUCACAGACCUCCAGCUGAGCAUGGGCGGAGCCCAGGCCAGCGGCACUGUCAUAGGCGUAGGACAGUCUGUGACAGCUGUGGGCCGCAUAAUUGCCCCUCUUCUCUCAGGAGUGGCCCAGGAGGUCAGCCCGUGUGGCCCUCCCAGCCUUGGGGCUGCUCUAGCCUUGGUUGCUAUUUUCCUAAUGUCACUAAACAAACCUCACGCUAGUGAUGAUGGGAGUGGUAAAUUAAAAUGUGCAUAGGGAACAUCCUGAGGAAACAAAAUUGGAGGUGUGCAAAUCAGGAACAAUGGGUGUAA